GAGGGGGGGGGGGGUGGACUUUCCUCAUGCCACCGCAUCUUGGCAGCAGGCAGAGAGAGAUGCUCGCAGGAGAGAGCACUGGAUGGAAGAGGAGGAAGGCAAACACUGAGCCAGAAGCAGCAGCAGAUCUGACAGGGGCUGUGCUUUGCUCCUUGCCCCUCCUUGCUAUGGGUACCAGCUCCAGCUGAAGGCAAGCAUCUGGCAUUGACCAGGGCAACUGAGGACUGUUCUCUUCUCUCAAGUCCUGGGAGGAGAAGAGGGGCAAAAGCACCCCUCUCAAUGCACCCUUGGCACCACUGAGAAGUGGGAGAGAGACCACAUGAGGAGGUCUUCCUGACUGCCAUCUGGGGACACAGAGGAACUUUCCCCUCCCACUCAUCCCUCUUCCCACUAAAGUGGGCAUCGCAGGAAGAGACAGAGAGAUGGGCACCUUUCCCCAAAGGAUGUGGUCUGCAUCGGUCUGGAGGGCAGCGAGCAAAUGGUCACCGAGGGGACGCUGGCAGUGAGUGAGCGGUAACUCCAGUGAAAGAUCAGCCCAGAUUUACGGAGAGAGAAGAGGACUCUGCCACUUCCUUCUAAGGGUCGGCAUGGAGAACGUCCAUGAGCUCCAGCAUCCGCUCCUGGCCAAGACCUCCGGGAAGGUGAUGUUCCAAGGUCGGAUGCUCAGCCGCGCCAGUCCACAGAAACAUUCUGGAUUGCUGUCCUGCCAUGUGCCCUCCGGCCUCUCUUGGCUACAGCCAGGCUCCGGGGUCCUUUCCCACCAGCUCUUGGAUCCCAGCAGCCUGCAAAGGACAGUUGAGCCCUACUGCACCCCAGAACCCCCGCUGUACCCCGAGUUUUGGAAAGCCAGCAACCCUCAAGGAUGGAAGAAGAAAGAUUACAUCGAAACGGCCUUUGGAGAUAGCAAGGAGGCUGGGGAGCUGCCCAGGAAAGUGGCCCUGGAAAAGGACAUUCAUACGGUCUGCUAUGAAGUGGGGGACACCGAGUUGCCAGACGUGGAGAAUGACUCUUCGAGUGACAGCGACACAGAAAGCGAAAGCAGUUUCUCCAUGUUGCUGCCCCAGGAUUACCUCGGCUUGGCUGUUUUCUCCAUGUUAUGCUGCUUCUGGCCAUUGGGAAUCGCUGCUUUCUAUCUGUCCCAAAAGACCAACAAGGCAUCGGCAAAAGGGGACUACCCCAGAGCAUGGACGGCUUCCCGCCAGACCUUUGCGCUGGCCGUCCUCUCCAUCAUCUUCGGCAUCUGCACCUACAUCGGUGCCGUGGUGGCUCUCAUCGCCUACUUGUCCAACAAAGCACCUACUUAGGCCGCCCUGCUCCGUCGGAGACGUUCCCCCCAUCCGUUCUCCAUCAGUGUUGGAAACUCGGGGCAGCAACUGGACAUAAUACUCGUUGGCACAUGUUUCCUGAUGCGGUUUUCAUCAAAACAGAACCCCUUCGUCUCGGACUCAGCAAGAAACCCCUUGAACCAACAUGGGUUCAGUUGUGAACUGAGUUGCAACAGGCAGAAAACUUGGGACAGGGAACAGAGGGGAAAGGGAGGGAAAGGAAGAUACCACCAGAUUUGCAUUGGAUCCACACUUUUGGGAUUUUGUUUCCUUUCUGUGUAAUGGAGGUCGAAUGAGACGGAUCCAUUGCUGGGCAUCCAAUUGGAUUCUUGGGGCUUUGAGCAUUUCCAAUAGCCGUUUCCUGCGUAAGAAGUGAGGGGGGGAUGUUGCCUCUGGACAAAAUGGGUCCAGCCCCUAACCCUCCCUCAAGUUGCUGUGUCUCUUUGUCUCACUUCCUUUUAUACAGAACUCUAUUGUGGUUAAGAGAUCCAAGGUUCAUGCACACACUCCUGCCCUGAAUAAAACUGCCCUUGCACUCGA